AUGUCCGACCUCCGCUUUGUUCGCUUCGACGAUGUCAGGACAUUCUUGGAAGUCACUAAGCAAGCCGAUGACUACAUGAUGAAGAACUCCGGGGCGCUCAGCAUCUCUGACUAUCUCGAUGCUCCUACGGACCCUACUCGGGUUUUCUACCUUGCCAUCUACCGGGAGACACUCUUGAUGACUCUCGUGUAUGGUAUCAAAGAAGGCUUCCCAUGGAUUCUGUCAGUCCAUCGCCGCGCCGAGGACGUCUUGACCCCAGAAACCCUUACCCUUGCUGUCACUCUCCUUGCGAACUCUAUAUCGACCCUUCAGUUCGCCGACCCCUCGAUUGUUAGUCCCUUCAGGGUAUUUGGAGUCGAGGAGCCGGUGAAUGCCUUCCUGACCGCUUGGGUCGCCAUUCAACGUGGCCGUGGCCGACGCAUUCGUCUCAAGCCGAACCCCACCACAGUCUUUGUGACAUACGCGACCCGGAACACUCUGACGCCCUUGCCCCCGCGAACGUUGAUGUCUCCGCAACACAUAAUCUCCCGCGCAUCCAUGUCCGACCUCGAGUCGCUCAUGCCACUCUACAUGAAUUUCUUUUCAACAAAAUCCUGGCCGACGCAGAUUAUCCCCACGGAAGCCCUUACGAGGCUCCAGCGGGAGCUACCCACAGGCCUCUUCUGGGUGUGCCGCACCGACGGCAUCAUGUCUGCGUUCGCCGAGCUCGGGAGCGUCUCGCCUCGUACCAUCACUAUCCGUACCGUCUACGUACCUCCAGAGCACCGCCAGCGCGGCGUCGCAGAAGCCUUGGUCCACACCAUCACCCGGUACUACGUGGGACUGGGAGCAGGGGCUAUGGCCGUAGUGCCCCCUGGCCCUCCGCCGGAAGGCGUGAAGGAGCAGGUGAAGCUCAACGUAGCAGAUGCGGCCGCAGAGGAGUUGUAUCGUCGAUUGGGAUUUCUGCUCCCCCACCAGUCGCCGGACGGCAGGGCUCUCACCGGGGGCAUCGACCCCGCUACAGGCCGCCCAGGAUGGUACAGAUCCAUCUGGCGGGAAUCGGAGCAGGAGCCCGAUACGUCGAUCCGCCGCGCUCGGAGAAACGAAGGAACUCCGCGCAAGCGGGACACAAGCUCGUUUCCUGAUGUCUAUAUCUAUUGGAUCUAGUCUGAGCAUGGCUCCUGCGACUGUAUCAUAGACGCAUAGGGUUUCUUGACGCGUAGAGAUUUUUGGUGCAAAGAGUUUCUUGGUAUAGAUGCUGGCUACGCCGCCCACCUUUGCUUAUUUAUUCACCGUUCUGCAAUGCAUUUGUAAAUAUCUG